AUGACAAAAUUCACUUUCAACCAACCAUUUAAUUAUUCGAUUAAUUCUUCAAGAAUUAUAAAGAUUAAUAAUAAAUCAAUAGAGAAUGUAUUAUCACAGAGAAGAGAAGAAGGAAGGUUGAUAUCAAAGAUUACACCGGUGAAUGAGAAGAAAAAAGAUAAAAAAGUAGAUGAUAUGACAUUGAUUCUUGGUAUAAAUCGAUUGUUUAUAUUCAAGGCCAACGGAAAAUUAGAGGAGGAUCACCACUUUUUAGAUAUCGUUGAGAUUCAAUCACCAAACAGCAAUGAAAUUACUAUUAAAUUUAGAAAUAACAACUCUGCCAAAUUCAACUCGACCGACACCGACAAGAUACUGAAAACACUGUACACCUCCUUCGUUACAACAUUCCCAGCCAUAACCAUCGGUAAAGCAUUGAUAUUCUCAGUCCUACCAGAAACUAGAUUAGUUACAAUAUUUCAAUCUGUUUCAAAUUUAACAAAAGAAUCUGGACCAUGUGGAUCAUUUGCAAUUACAUAUAAAUCGAUUUGUGAUUAUGUCGGGAUUUCACCGCUGUCCAGUGUCGUUUGGGACAUUGAGAAUCUCUAUCCUUUCAACUCGAUUAGAGAGUUCAAUUUGAAUGAGAUCUACCAGUCCAAUGCAAACGAUGUGAAAGCAUUGAUCAUGGCAAUGGCAUACAACAACUACUUUACAUCGUUCGUUGCCAGCAAUUGUAAACUAUCGACCGACGAAACCAACCAACUCACAGAAACACUCAAAGUAAAUACAACACUCCAGAAAAUAUUGCUAAACAACAUACAAUCUUCGAAAGAAUCAAUCAUGUCUGUAUUAGGUGCACUAACAGAUAACAAAGCAAUCAAAUUACAACAUAUAAACAUUGGAAAUAAUAUAUUAGAGAGUAAAGGUAUUGUUGCUUUAGGAAGUACAAUUCAAUCUUUUGCAACUGGAAUCACACAUAUUAAUGUUGAGAGUUGUCAAACCAGUGGAAAACCAUUGGAAUCUUUGUUUAAUUCUAUUUUGGCGAGCAGUUCGAUUGGUACUCUACAAUUUUUAUCGAUUAAUAAUAACAAGUUAGAGUUGUGUCAAUUUGUCGCGUGUCCAACUGAGUGGCGACGAUCUCAAAGUGCUGUUCUCACCGGCAACCGCGCUUCUAAAGUGUCCGAGCGUUGA